GGUGUCUUAUCUUGCUUGCCGAAAUCUUGAUUUAAGAGCCGAAAUUAUUAUCAUGUCAGAGUACAGUAACCCAUUACCAUCAUCUUCAACUUCUAAAGGCAGUUCUGAACAAUCAGAUCGUGCUAAUGGCAUCCAUGCUCCAAGUUCCGUUUUACCUUUGAAAAGAGCCAAAUUGAAUAGUGGUGAGGAUUCUAUUCGUAAUAAUUUUGGUACUCCAUUACAAACCAGGGUUGCUUCACCAUGUACUUUAAAUCCUCCUAUAGAUUUUGACGGUUUGUCAUGGCCAUCACAAGGAGCACGUUCACGUAUCGAACAGACACCUGAAGAAGCUAAGGCACGAGAAUUGCGUAUUGCUGGUGCUGUCAAGACCAUUUUAUCCGAAUUAGGUGAAGAUGUUGAUCGGGAAGGAUUGUUGGAAACCCCAGAACGUUAUGCUCGUGCUAUGUUGUUCUUCACUAAAGGAUAUGAAGAUAAUAUCAGAGACGUCAUUAAAAGGGCUGUUUUCGAAGAAAAUCAUGAUGAAAUGGUUAUUGUUAGAGACAUUGAAAUAUACUCUUUAUGUGAACACCACUUAGUUCCUUUCUUCGGUAAAGCUCAUAUUGCAUAUAUUCCAAAUAAAAGAGUUUUGGGAUUAUCUAAACUCGCAAGAUUAGCUGAAAUGUACGCAAGAAGAUUUCAAGUUCAGGAAAGAUUAACCAAGCAAAUUGCAAUGGCUUUAAGCGAAAUUUUAAAACCAAGGGGUGUUGCUGUCGUCCUCGAAGCAACCCAUAUGUGUAUGGUAAGUAGAGGAGUUCAAAAAACUGGCUCUUCUACAACCACAAGUUGCAUGUUAGGUUGUUUCCGGGAUCAACAAAAAACUAGAGAAGAAUUUUUGACUUUGCUUGGUAGACACUGAAGCUUUCAUUUUGUUUUUUUCAUUUUUGCCUUUUUUUUAAAAAAAAAAAACCGUUUUCUUUCAAUUUCAAAAUAAGUAUGCAAUAGGGAAUAAUUCAACAGAUCCUUAUUGCAUUCGUGCUAAUUAAUUUGCAUUUUACCCUUUUGUUAUUUUUUUAAUUCUUUCCUUGACACCUUUAAUGAUUCCAGUUUUGCUUUGCUUUGGCUGCAACUACAUUCAACCUCUUUUCACCCCUC